GCGGUGCCAAGAGCCGCCGCGGGAGCCACCGAGGCCCGGUGCACGCCAUGGCCCGCCUGACGGGGGGCACGCGGCUGCUGGGCGGCUUCCUGCUCUGGGCGCUGCUGGCUGCCAGCGUCGCCCCGCUCACCUGGGACCUCCCGGAGCCCCGCAGCCGCGCGGGCAAGAUCCGCGUGCACCCUCGAGGCAAUCUCUGGGCCACCGGUCACUUCAUGGGCAAGAAGAGCCUGAAGCCCCUCAGCCCAACCCCGUUGGGGACAGCGCCCCACACCUCCCAGAGGGACCAGCAGCUGCAGCUGAGUCAUGAUCUGCUCAGGAGCCUUCUGCUGAGGAGAGCCCUGGGCCUGAGCCUCAGCAGCCCGGUACCCCACGCGCAGAAGGCCGCUGGUGCACCUGCCGCAGAAGUGACGCCGGGAACGGGCGGGCGCCACCCGCUCGGACUGCGCCCACCUCGCCCUCCUCGGGAGGUGGCUGAAUGCGUCCCGGGGGCGGCCCCGUCCGGAUGGAAAGCCCGGGCUCCGCCACUCUGAUUUCUGGCCGGGUCGCCAGGAACAGCGUGGACGCAGACGCCAAGUACCCUCCCGCUGCACUUCUUGCUUCCCUGGUGAAGGUGUGAAUAAAGCCCUGCUCUUUACCGCA